AGUUGAAACCCGGGACCCACUUCGUCAGCACAAUCCGGAACAGUCAACAUGGCGGCGGCCGUAAGGUGCCUCCGUAGAGUCUUGAUACAUCAUCAAAGGCAUUGUCUUUGCAAGAUGGCUUCCCAGGCAUCUCUUUACCCUUGUUCUGUGAACAGUCUCUUGCACAACAGACAUUUUGCUGCUGCUGCUGCUGCUGCUACAAAGCCUGCAAGAAAAAUUAAAAAAGGUGCCAAGGAAAAGACAUCAGAUGAAAAACCAGUAGAUGAUAUAGAGAAAAUAAAGUCAUAUACGUACAUGGAAAGUGAUCCUGAAGAUGAUGUCUACUUAAAACGCUUAUACCCACGGCGGAUCUAUGAAGUAGAGAAAGCUAUUCACUUACUUAAGAAGUUUCAAGUUCUGGACUUUACCAAUCCAAAGCAAGGUGUUUAUCUUGACUUAACAUUAGAUAUGGCAUUGGGGAAAAAGAAAACAGUGGAGCCAUUUGCCAGUGUUAUUGCUUUACCACACCUCUUCUCCUCAGAAGUCAACAAGGUUGCUGUGUUUACAGCGAACGCAUCAGAAAUUAAAAUAGCAGAAGAAAAUGGAGCUGCGUUUGCAGGAGGAACAGAUCUGGUUAAGAAGAUCAUGGAUGACGAGGUUGUUGUGGACUUUUAUGUAGCUGUCCCAGAAAUAAUGGGUGAACUUAACCCUUUAAGGAAGAAACUGAAAAAAAGAUUUCCAAAGGCUACUAGAAAUUCCAUUGGUCGUGACAUCCCCAAAAUGCUUGAAUUAUUUAAAACGGCACAUGAAAUUAUGGUAGAUGAAGAAAGACAGAACUUCCUCAGCACCAAAAUAGCAACAUUGGAUAUGCCAAGUGACCAGAUAGCUGCCAAUCUUCAAGCAGUUAUAAAUGAGGUCUGUAAGCACAGACCACUGAAUCUGGGUCCGUUUGUGGUCCGUGCCUUCCUUCGUAGUUCAACCAGUGAAGGUUUACUACUGAAGACUGACUCAUUGCUACCCAAAGAAGCUAAAACUACAGAAGCUGAAACGGAAGAAACUCAAACGGCAGAAGCUGCCUAGAAGUGUUAUAUUGUGAAAUUAUUGGGGGAUGUGUGUGUCAAGAAACAACAGAGGCAUCUAUAAAACUGUAUAAUUUUUAGUUUGGCUCCUCAUGUUUUCUUAAUCAGUGCAUUUAGAAGUAAAUUUUAACACUUUUUCUUUUAACAGUUUCAAAAAUGAGGAAAAAUGUCAGUUUCUAAAAAUCCCGUUACAUUUCCUUUUUUUAAAUUUUGUAUUAUUCUUUAUAUUUUUCUGGAUUUGGAUCCUGUCACGUUUUCUUUUUUCCCCUCUCAUCCCCUCUUUUUUUUUAUUAUGUUUUCCUUUAUUUCUUUAUUCACUUUCCAUCCCGAUCACAGCCCUUCUUCCUCCUCUUCUCCAUGUCCCACCCUCACACUCUUCCAUUGCCCCCUCCCCUUUCCUUCUGAGAAGGGGAGGCCUCCCCAUGGGUACCAACCCGCCCUGGCAAGUCAAGUCGAAGCAGGACUGGGUACAUCCUCUCCCACGGAGGCCAGAUAAGGCAGCCAGUUAUGGGAAGGGGAUCCAAAGGGAGGCAACAGAGUCAGAGUCAGCCCCUGCUCCACUGUUAGGACCCGCACGGAGGCCAUGCUGCACAUCUGCACAAAUGUGUAGGCUGUGUAGGUCCAGCCCGUGCGUGUUCUUUAGUUGGUGGUUCAGCCUCUGCAUCUGUAGAUGCAGGUUAGUUGAUCCUAUAGGUCUUGUGGUGUCCUUGACUCCUCCAGCUCCCUCAGUCCUUCCUUAGCAUCAGUGUUCUGUAUUUUGGUAGAAUCCCAAGUCUAGAAGCAGUUUCUCGUUUUGUGACAUUCCUUGAGGAGACAUGGCCAUCUGAAGGAACAGCAGCAUCCUCCCUCGUUCCCCCAGGCUGUAUCACCAGCAGGGCUGUUUGCUUCUGUGUGUGUGGUGCUCGGCCAUUGCAGAUGUGAAAGCUAAACGAAAGAUGAAGAAGGGUUGUGGGGAUAGUGUAUGCUGGAGACGUCAUUUCCCACAGUUGCCAGAUUCUGGAACCGGAUUCAUCCGUGUUGGAAAUAUCAAUUUACAAAGAGGACAGGAUUUUGAUUGUUGUUGUUGUUGUUUUUUUUUUUUUUUGAUUUUUUAAUUAUGUGUCUGUGUUUGGGUCUGGGGGUCAACACAGGAUGUCUUCAUCAGUUGCUUUCUACCUUAUUUUUUGAGACAGGCUCUCAACUUGGAGUUUAUAGACUCAUCAAACUGGCUGGCCAGCCAGCCCCGGGACCCUUCUGUCUACCUUCUCUGUAGGUGCUGGGGAUGAAGCCUGUGUCCUUGUGUUUCUGCAACAGGCACUUUACCAUGGAGCCAUUCCCAGUCCACUUUUACAUUUUAAUUAUGCGUAGAAUUGGAUGCAAGGCCAUGUGCAUGCUAGGCAAGGGCCCAAAGCUAUUGCUUUAUUUGCCAAUUUUUCUCCUGACUAAUGGAGUGUUAACUUUAGAAUGGAAAUAUUCGGGACACUAAUAAACAGGAAAAGGAAUCACUCACAAUCCUGAUACUCAGACAUAAUCAGAAAAAAAUUGUUUAGUGGAUAUUCCUUUUACAUUUUCAUUUGAAAGAGACAGGGCAAAUAAAAAGAGCAUACAUGCAUGCAUGCUGGUGGGUUUUGUUUUGUUUUUAAGAUUUAUUUUAUGUGUAUUAGUAUUCGGUCUACAUAUAUGUAAGUAUACCAUGGACCCGUGGUGGUCAGAGGCGGGCUCCUGAUGCCCUAGAGCUGGAGUUACAGAUGGUUAAGGGCCACCAUUUGGGUGCUAGGAACUGAACCCAGGUCUUUUACCAAGUGCUCUUCACGGCUAAGCCAUCUCUAGCCCUGCAUGUGUGCUGUUUGAACGUACUCAUUUCUUUUAUUCAAUCCUCAUGGAAAAUGAGUAACACUUCAUCGCUUUAUUGUGGCAGUCCCUCAAUUGCUAGCCAUUUAAAUUGUUUCAGGAUCGCCCUCCCAUUGACUUAAGUAAGGGUUUAAAGUUUUACAGUAAGUACUGAUGAAUCCCAAACGUUAGUUUCCAUACAGAUUACUUAGAAGGUUUGCGUAGAACAAAUAGCUGGUCUUCACCUAGUAAUAGGAGAUUGACCUUGGAAUUCUGCAGUUUUUAUCAGGUAGUGGGACAAUGGGGACUCUAGUGGAUACCAGUGCUGUCAACCCUGAUUCUAAUAAAAAGAAAUCUGAUUUUCAGACCAGCAUCAGUUUAUUCUAAAAUUCCACAAGUGAUCUAAAGUACCAGAGUGAAAGUCACUGUUGUACUUCACUACCCAAUUUAUAAAAGGUUGCAAAAUUUGUAAUAUUUUAAAUAUUACAAAUUACAAUAUUGUAAUUUUGUUAAUUUGUAAUUACAAAUAUUAAAUUUUUUAACUAUUAAAAAUUUAAAUAUUUUAAAAUUAUCUUUAUUCUA